GGCCUUUAGGGGGAGUGUUGAGACGCGUGGAGACUGAGACUGGCACCGCGUCUGAGUGAAGGGGGAGAGGCUGGGAAACGACGGGAGCACAAGCAAGGCAGAGCUUCACUGUCUGUGGCCCUCUGUCCCCUCGUCCUCGAUGCCUGCAAAAAACACAUCGGCCGACCCAUAACAAGGACACCGAGCGACCGAAGCACCGCGCGCUCUCUAACCACCGCCGCCGCCGCCGAAGCGCCCGAAACGCAUAGAUGUCCACGAUCCAGAUGUUAUGAAGAUACAGUUGAAGAAUCCGCAUCAAACCAUCAGAGCCAUCAGGCUAGUUUACAGUAACUGAACCAAACUGGACUCCCUGAUCAGUCACUUGUCUGAAGUCUACAUUUUUGCUUUCACUCAUCCACUGCUCUAAAUGAGUGUCUCAGACGGCAAGAUCAGGGCUGGGGUGCAGACCAGAACCCACACAGAAUGUCCUGGAUCAACGGCUUCCUAGUGGCCAGAGUGGAUGACCGAAAGACCGCGUGGGGCGAGCGCAAUGGCAAGAAGUCCAAGCGCAAGGUUGGCUCCUCUCUCUGCAACCCACGCUACAUGAGCUGCCUGCGGGACGUGGAAGCCAUGGAGCCUCCUCCCCAGCCGCCCCACGCUCAGGCCACCCGGUCUGGAGGACCAGGAGGAGGACCAGGAGGGGGACCAGGGGGAACGGGCAACUUCGGCAUGCGCUGCGGAUGGCAGGAAGACCACUAUGGCAAAAUGGGAAGCGGGGGGGAGGGUGUGGGGCUUAAAUCUGUGGACCUGGGCUUCGAGGAUGGCGAUGUUAAAGGGCGGAAAAGGGACGGUUUGGGUGGUGACGGCUCCAGCGAGGACACCGCCAGUGGUACGGGGUCAGUAACAGCUGCCGACUGCUGGCAGCGGGUGGUUCGCGUUUUCCAAUCCAAGAAGUUCCAGUCGCGCAAACUGGAGCGUCUCUACCAGCGCUACUUCUUCAGGCUUAACCAGAGUUCGCUAACAAUGCUAAUGGGCGUUUUGGUGAUCGUCUGCGGGGUCAUGCUCACCUUCCACUGCAUUCAUGGCCCACCAGACGUAGUUUACGCUUCAGUUUUGUCUGUGGCCAUGGCCUUGUUUUUGGCACUUAUGGUGGUGUGCAAUCGAAAUGGCUUCCACCAGGACUACAUGUGGAUGGUCAGCUAUCUGGUCAUUGGAGUGCUAAUUAUAGUGCAGGUAUUCGGGGUGCUAAUGGUGGCUCCCCGCAGUGCCUCGGAGGGGAUCUGGUGGUCCGUCUUCUUCAUCUACAUUAUCUAUACGCUGCUGCCGGUGCGGAUGAGAGCGGCGGUGCUCAGCGGAGGAGUGCUGUCAGCUAUACACCUCCUCACCACAUGGAGGAUCAAUCAGGACGAUGAGUUCCUCUGGAAACAGCUAAGCGCAAACGUGUUGAUCUUCCUGUGCACCAACAUCAUUGGGAUCUGCACACAUUACCCAGCAGAGGUGUCUCAGAGACAGGCCUUUCAGGAGACACGUGGAUACAUCCAGGCCCGACUGCACCUGCAGAGAGAAAACCAGCAGCAGGAGCGCCUGUUGCUGUCUGUCUUGCCGAGGCAUGUUGCCAUGGAGAUGAAGGCUGACAUCAACGCUAAAAAAGAAGACAUGAUGUUUCACAAGAUCUACAUCCAGAAGCACGACAAUGUCAGUAUUCUGUUUGCAGACAUCGAGGGAUUCACUAGUCUGGCGUCUCAGUGCACUGCUCAGGAGCUGGUCAUGACUCUAAACGAGCUGUUCGCCCGCUUUGACAAACUAGCAUCGGAGAACCACUGCUUGCGGAUCAAGAUUCUAGGGGAUUGUUAUUACUGUGUGUCUGGUUUGCCGGAGCCCAGAGCAGAUCAUGCUCACUGCUGUGUGGAGAUGGGGGUCGACAUGAUCGAAGCCAUUUCUCUGGUGCGAGAGGUGACGGGGGUGAACGUGAACAUGCGGGUGGGUAUUCACAGCGGUCGUGUUCACUGUGGUGUUCUUGGAUUGAGAAAAUGGCAAUUCGAUGUGUGGUCCAACGACGUAACACUCGCCAACCACAUGGAAGCUGGAGGCAAAGCUGGGAGGAUCCACAUCACUAAAGCGACUCUACAGUACCUGAAUGGAGACUAUGAGGUGGAGCCGGGUUUCGGAGGGGAGAGAAACGCAUACCUGAAGGAGAACAGCAUUGAGACGUUCCUCGUGCUGGGCUGCAGUCAGAAGAGGAAAGACGAGAAGGCCAUGAUGGCCAAGAUGCAGCGCACGAGGACCAACUCUAAUGAAGCUCUGGUGCCGCGGUGGGUGCCCGACAGAUCCUUCUCCAGGACCAAAGACUCCAAAGUCUUCAGACAGAUGGGCAUUGAUGAAACCUCCAGCAAAGACAACCGUGGUGCUCAGGAGGCGUUGAACCCCGAGGAUGAGGUCGAUGAGUUUUUGGGUCGUGCCAUCGACGCUCGCAGUAUUGACCAGCUCCGCAAAGACCAUGUCAAGAAGUUCCUCCUCACCUUCCAAACCUCCAGCCUGGAGAAGAAGUAUGCUAAGAAGGUUGAUGAUCGUUUUGGUGGUUACGUGGCCUGUACGCUCCUGGUCUUCUGUUUCAUCUCUUUUAUCCAGAUCGUCGUAUUCCCUCAUACUCUGGUCAUGCUGGGAAUUUACAUCAGUAUCUUCAUCAUUCUUGCCAACAUCCUCUUUAUCUGUGCCAUUUACUCCUGUGUGAAGCUCUUCCCCGCUGCCAUGCAAACUGUGUCCAAGAAGAUUGUUCAGUCUCGCACCAACAGCACACUGGUGGGAGUUUUCACCAUCAUCCUCGUCUUCAUCUCUGCCUUUGUCAAUAUGUUUUCCUGUGAUACGCAGAAGCUGGUGGACUGUGUGGCAAAGCAGUUGAACUGGUCUUCAGAGAUGGUGACUCCUUGUAUCAUUCACAAUAUGUCUCGAUCUGUAGCCGAUGGCCUGAGUAUUUGUCCCAACAACACUCCUUCCUGCCCUUUUCCUGAGUAUUUCAGCUACAGUGUGCUGCUGACGCUGCUGGCCUGCUCAGUGUUUCUGCAGAUCAGUAGUAUAGGGAAGCUGGCUUUAAUGCUGCUCAUCCAGCUCACCUUCCUGCUGCUUGUGGAGUGGCCAGAGGUGGCGCUGUUCGACAACGCAGACCUCUUCGUCACUGCCAAUGCCCUUGUUUUCAACGAAACACUGCAAUGGUCCAAUUUCAAUACGACUACUGAACAGUGCACUUUCAGGGUGACUAAAGUGUCCCUAAAGGUCAUGACCCCAGUGAUCCUCACUGUAUUUGUACUAGCACUGUACCUACAUGCCCAGCAAGUGGAGUCAACAGCCCGUCUAGACUUCCUUUGGAAGCUUCAGGCCACAGAAGAGAAGGAGGAGAUGGAGGAACUUCAAGCCUACAACCGCCGGCUACUCCACAACAUCCUGCCCAAAGACGUGGCUGCGCACUUUCUGGCCCGAGAGCGAAGGAAUGACGAGCUAUAUUAUCAGUCGUGCGAGUGUGUGGCCGUCAUGUUCGCCUCCAUUAGCAAUUUCUCUGAGUUCUACGUGGAGCUGGAGGCCAAUAACGAGGGAGUGGAGUGUCUGAGGCUCCUCAAUGAGAUCAUCGCUGACUUUGAUGAGAUCAUCAGUGAAGAGAAGUACAGGCAGCUGGAGAAAAUAAAGACCAUUGGCAGCACCUACAUGGCCGCAUCAGGCCUCAAUGACUCCACAUAUGACAAGGAAGGCCGUUCGCAUAUAACAGCGUUGGCUGACUACGCCAUGCACCUCCGCGAACAGAUGAAAUACAUCAAUGAGCAUUCCUUCAACAACUUCCAGAUGAAGAUCGGACUGAACAUUGGGCCAGUGGUCGCAGGUGUUAUUGGAGCCAGGAAGCCCCAGUAUGAUAUUUGGGGAAACACAGUAAACGUGGCCAGUCGGAUGGACAGUACGGGAGUCCCAGACCGUAUUCAGGUGACCACAGAUCUACACCAGGUGUUGCACAGUAAAGGUUACCAGCUGGAGUGUCGAGGGGUCAUAAAGGUGAAGGGUAAGGGUGAAAUGACCACUUACUUCCUGAACGACGGACCUCCCAACAGUUAGCAGUGCACUACAGGUCCUCUGGUUUCCCACAAUUCCCCGGAGAGGAGCAUUUCUCCAGGCAAGCUGAAGACAAACAAGUAGCCAUCGCCAUCACUUGAAGACAAAAACAAAAAAUGAAGAUAAUUGAAAAAACUAAACAAAAAAAGCAAAGCAGACUCCAGAUUGGAGAGUCGUGGCGGUCAUGGAUAUGGCUGUGCACCUUGAAGGACGAUUGUUUUUAAGCCUCAGGCUGCUUGAAAGAUGCAAAGUCUGUUUAUUUAAUAAAGGCCUUUAUUUGCCGAAGAAAAACGCUGUACAUAAGGCAUUUUCUCCAGUUUUAUUUUUAUUUUUUUAUUAUUAUUAUUAUUAUGAUUUCAGGAGAAUAUAAAUACAGGUACUCAUGUUCUGUUCGGAAUUCAUUAUUUAUUUGAUCUUGCUGUUUUGUGCAAAAAGUCCUUUAUGGGAAAAGUGUGGAGAGAAAGAAAAACGCAUACACAUUUAUACCGUACAUAAACGCGUACGCUUGUAUAUUUGUGUGUCCGAAUACAGUAUCUGUAUAAAUUACGAGAACUAUUGACCAAAGACCAAAGUAUUUAAUAGAAAAAACGUCAAAAGAUUUGCGGAAGUUUUGAAUAUUAUGUCAUGCUCUGACGUCCUCACCCCUUGACGUUUUUUGUUUUUGUUUUUAUUUUUGUGUUUAUGAUGUUUUAUCAUUUCAAGUAAAUUACACUGAUCGAUUGACCAGCAAUCCGGGUGAUUGGCUUAUAUGAAGGACUCAGUUAUUUAAUUUAAACUCUCGUUUUCCUUUAGAACCUCAAAUUCUAGAUGGAAAAGUGGAAUUCUGUGGAUUUUUUUUUUUUUUUUGGAAGUACAACCAGGUCUGGGCCUUCAACGCGUCCUUAACGAAGACUUCAGUUUCAUGUUCGUUCAACCAUUUCUUCUUUUUUCAAAGAAGUAUUUUUGGUACAAAAUGAAAUAAAAGGAAAAAAAGAGGUGUUUUUUUGGAGGCAUCUGGGGAAAAGCCACGGCAUAUUGGAUACCACGGUACAAGACAGUUUAUCGAGAUCCAAUUCAUUCUAGAAGGACUUUUUUUUAAAAACAAAAGAAAUAUAUCUAUAAAUUAUGACUGAAUACUGUGCUUUGUAAUCUCGAAGGGGCAUAACUCUUUUCACUGUGAGGUUUCUAUGAUACGACUAGCUGCUUUCUUGCCAAACUAAACAGCUCAAAAGCAUGUCUGAUUGUGGUAUCUUCUCUACGAUUUUCGUUUGUUCGUUUGUUUGAUUCCCUGAAGUUUUAAUGUUUGGGUAUUUUGUAUCACCUCUGUAUCCUUUUUUUUUAAUUCCUAUUCUGGUUGUUCUUAUAUAUUUGAUUAUGAUUCCAUUCCAGCUGAGGAGAGGGAACAAAGACCCGAUUUGAGACGUGUAAGCCAAUUGGUACAAACUGAUCAACUGCAGUCAGUGACGUAGGAACUGAUGAACGGUAUUUGUGUUUUCAGAGGCAUUAUCGUUUUCACCUGGUAUUAGCAUGGCAUGUGUUCAGAUUUCAUUAAGAUCCUUUCAUUGUAUUUUGUUAUGCUCUACAUCACUUUAGGAUGAAUGCUCAUGAGUACUAUCAAAGCCAUUGUUCACCCAAAAAUGAGAAUUACCUCACCAUUUACUCAUUUUUCUUCUUCUGUUGAACACAAAACAAUACAUUCUGAAGAAUGUUGGCAAAAAUGACAUCAGUAGCAGAAACAAGAAAUACUAUGGAAGUCAAUGGCUGUUUAAGUAAAUGAUGACAGAAUUGUCAUUUCUGGUGAACUAUUGCUUUGAAUUAAAAAAGACACUUGAAAAGGAUGUGGAUGGUUACUGCAAUUUUGGUCAGUGUCUUUUGGUACAACACUUGUUUUGGUGCACUUUUUCACAACAUGUUCAAUAAUGAUCAUGUGUUUGGUAGUAGCUGUAGAGUAGAUGGUCUAUUGUGUUGGAAAGCCCAUUUUUGCCCAUAUGAGGGUUUGCAUUUUAAAAAGAAAUCCAAUCAAAUGCCUUUUUGACUACCUCUGGAAGGCCCUAUUUAUACCUUGCUUUUAUUUCCAAUGAGCUCUCAAGUGAACAUUGCUCAAUACAGGCGUGAGCAAGGUCUAAAAUGUGCUGGCCCACUUUCUCAACUGAUAUUAAAGUGUUAGUUCAGCAAAAAAAUGACUCGCUUUCAUGUCAGUGGUCAAGCCUGAGACCUUUGUUCGUCUUCAAACACAAAUUAAGAUAUUUUUGAUUAAAUCCGAAAGUUCCUUCAUCCCCCAAUGAAAGCAAGAGUCCUGAAAGGUCCAGAAAGGUACCAAAUCAUCCUCAAAACAGUCCAUGCGCUGCCAUCAGUGGAUCUAUUGUCAUUUUAUGAAGCUACGAGAAUACAUUUGUGUGCACAAACAACAAAUAUGAUCACUUUAUUCAACAGUUUCUUUUCUUCUGUGUCAUUUAAUGGUACAAUGCUAUGAUGUAUACUCCUCAUCAUGUGCAAUCAUUUAUGGCAGGGGUCUCAAUCUUAAAUUGACAGGGGCCAUAUAAGAGACUGACAAUUCAUAGGAUGGCCGCUUUAAGAUUCAAGCACAACAAAAAAGUAGAAACCUGAUGUAAUUGAUGCACUCUGACAUUCUUCAGAAAGUCAAAACCACAAGUUGCUAUAUGCGACUGUACAACAAUAAUAGUGAUUCAAAAAAAUAUGUUUUGGUGGGCUGAAUCUUGUUUUAUUUUCGAUGUCAGUUGCGGGCCGUAGGGAGUAGGAGGGGGGACCCCUGAUCUGGGCUAAACAUCAGUGUUUUAUGUGCGCACAAAAGUAUUCUUCUAGCUUCAUAAUAAAACCAUUGAAGUCACAUGGACUUGUUUUGGCACCUUUCUGGGCAUCUUUGUACCCUUUCUAUCUGUGGAGGCUCAGAGAGCUCUCGGAUUGCAUCUAAAAUAUCUUAUUAGUGUUCCAAAGAUGACUGAAUGUCUCAGGACAUUCGAUCGACAUGAGGGUGAGUAAACAAUAGUAAUUAUACUUAAUUCUAUUUUUUUUGGGGUAAACUAAUGUUUUAACAUGUGUUUUAUGUUAUUUGAUCCCAAAUGGUCGUUGAGACAACACAAUCUCACAGCAAUUCGUAACUUUUUGAUUUAGUGGCUAAUUCGUAUGAAUUUGUUUGAUCUAAUUUGUACAAUUUAGUAUGAUUUGCUCAUCUCCCUAUGACGGUUGAGUUUAGGGGCGGGGUUUGGUGCCACACCUCCUUUUUAAAAUCGUACAUUUUUGUAUGACCCAACCCGUAAUAAUUUGUUCAAAUAAUCCACUAAACUGACAAAACGUAAAAUACUUACGUUUCCUCGUGAGAGGAGGCUAGUUGAGACGUUAUUGUUUCCACUUGCUUUUCUUUUCUGAACACUUUCAUCCACUGUAGAGAAGUGAUGGUGAAAUGUCUCACACUGGCCACUGUAGUUAUUUGGACUUGGGUAACUGUAUCAAAAUCCAACCCAAAACUUAUGCAUCCCCAAUCCUGACACCAUACUUUGUUUUUAUAUGUGUUAACUAAAUGAAAGCAAACUAUUAAGUAAAAUGAACAAAUGAGCAUGCCUCAGCAUGAUAAGAAUCACUUUAAAUAUAGAAACCAAUAUUUUAGAAAAAUAUUUGAUGCGUAAAUUUAUGAGUAUCUGCAUCUAGCUACUAGGGAGUGCUCAAAAUUUUUUGGUCUUAGUUUACAGGCUCACUUGGUUUGGACGUCAAAGUAAGAAUACUUUGUUUCAGUGCACUUGGUUAAGUGGUGUUUUGUGGCUGUUUGAAAACAUAACCAUAGUUCAAGUGCUUAAUUUAAACUGGUAUAAGAUAUUCUAAAUUUUGUGGGCAUCAAUUAACGAAGUAGUCGAAUAAAUACUGGAUUUAAAAAAUGGAACGUGAGAAAGUGUGCAAGCUACAAGGAGAAUGGAUUUCCAUGUAGACAAUGCUAGCAUUUAAGAAAUAUAAAUACAAAAUACAUAUUUAUAUGAGUUGCAAAUAGUGGCGAGAGAUUGUGCGCCAUUGGCUUUUUGGAGUCCAGAUCAGAUAUUACACAUUGUCGGAAUGGGUAUAUGUCUAACCCUGUGGUACAUAGUCCUCUAUGCUUACACCUGUACUUACCCAACAAGCAUUUUUGCUAUUUAAUAAACAUCUAAUAGACAUCUAAACAUAUAUAUCCCAGCUAAAAUUAGACAUCUAUCAAUAGACCAGCCAUCAAAUACACAAGAAUGAAUGACCACACGCGUGGCCUGUCUAUUUGAUGACUGGUCUAUUUUUUAAUUAUAUUUAGACAUCUAUCCCACUCAAAAAUUAUUAUGUUUGCUGUUUGUUCAAACUACUUGUUGAAAUACAUUUUUGGAGUUUUGGGGGGAGAACUUAUUUUAUGUUCAAUCCACUUAAAUUAGUAAAAAAAGAAAGUUAGAAUAAGUGAACUCUGCAUUUUUUACAGUGUAGUUUUUCAUUGACAUGUCAAAUUUAGCCUUGCCUUAGCCAGGAUAUCUAAUAAACACAAAAGUGCUUGUGGGUGCUUUUGUUAACUUUUAUUCAGAUUGGCGAAAACACACUUCAAUACCAGGUGCAAACAGAGCCUAAGAAAAAAGGAGGGAAAAUGUGUAUAAAACCCAUACAUUUCAAUGGCAUUUAAUUAAACGGUUGUUAGCCAGUUACAUAAUUUCAGUACACAUGCAGUGCAGAUAGCAGUGCAUUUGCCUUAAUUUAACAAACUUCUGUAUAUGAUAACAGUGCCUCUUUGUAUCACAGUCUGCAAAUCACUUUUGAGAUGCAACGCACUGCAGCAAAGUUCAUAACUCGGCCAACUCUUUCAGUAGAUUGACUUGCAAGAUGACCAAAGCAUAGUGUUUUUUUUCUGCUAUAUUUUUCACUUGUUGAAAACUUGUGGUAUUAGCUUCGUCAUUGCAUGUCAGUUGGUCACGUUCGUACCAAAAGCAGGGCGCCAUGUUAAUUCCGUCCAGUAUGUGCAAUAAAAGUGUACAUGAAUGAAGAUUCGGUGUGAGGGAAACAAAGACAGUGUCAGUUGGACAAGCAGGAGUGUAUUUUAAGUACUACUGACUCUCACAUUGACAGCCUGUGUUGAAUCCUGAUCGUCUUUUCUUUUCUUUUACCUUUUUGUUUCAUUGUUGUUUUCACUUCAGCCGGAGAUCUAGAAAAGGGACGAGCUUUUCAACUUUGCAAAAAAAAAGUUGAGAAAAGACUCUUGAAUAUAGACAAACUUUUCCCCUCUAAAAAUAAAAAAUGUCUGUUUUA